AAAAGACCCGUUCCAAAACUGUAUCUGAGUUCGUAUCCAUCAACAUAGGUCUUUACCUUGGAGCUACAAUAACUCAAAAGUCGAUACAAGUUCUAUAAUCAGCAAACAUAAACUUUCCGGAACCUUUUUGCCGUUUAAAAAUUGCUUUUUAAAUCUUUAAAGUAGGCCUAGUAAGAUCAAAAUGGCAGAUACAGACCGAGACGAUUUUGAGAUGCGAAUCAAAGCAGAGCAAAAUAUGAUGUCAACUAAAGAUCCACUUGAGCGGAUUCGCUUAAGCUGCUUAUCGAGAGGCUGUGGUGGAAUCAAAGGGUUUGGCAGACAGUUUAGAAUCAUGGAUGAUGACAGAAGUAAAACACUAAACUUCGAAGAAUUUUUAGAAGGCAUCCACGACUACGGCCUUAAGUGUAACCGCGAUGAUGGAAAGGAAUUGUUCGAUCGUUUCGACAAAGACAAGAGCGGUAGUAUCAGCUUCGACGAGUUCAUAGUUGCAUUAAGGCCUCCGAUGUCAGAGGCAAGAAUGAAUAAAAUCAAAGCAGUAUUUCAAAAGCUCGAUAGAACAGGUGAUGGGGUGUGCACAGUGGCUGAUAUCAAAGGAGUGUACAACGUUAGAUAUCACCCAAAGUACCAGAAUGGCGAAUGGACAGAGAAAGAGAUCUUGCAGAAUUUUCUUAAAAGUUUCGACAGCAAGAACGACCCUGAUGAAAAGGUCACAUUAGACGAGUUCAUUGACUACUACAGCGGUGUGAGUGCUUCCAUCGAUGAUGACAACUACUUUGCGCUGGUUAUGAAUAACGCCUGGAAACUUUAGAUCUAUUAGAAAUUUCAGGGGAUGUCAUCUCAGCGGUCGUUCGAUAUACCAUGUGUAAUUGUUUGCGAUUGAUUAGUUAGCGAUACACGUUAUCAUGUAAAAUUAAAUAUUGCUUUGUUGUGAUGUGGAAAAUAAUAAUGGUCCUCGAUAAUUUAAACUUGUAUGUGGACUGCAAUUAAAGAAUAUUCUUAAGUAUUUAGUAGCCUAUAUGACGUCAUGAUAACUUCAGGACUGGUAACAUAAUUUUAACCAAAUUAAGAAUCAGAUUUUAAUGUUUUCUGAUUUCAAUCAUCACUAACUCAUGCUUGGUGAUAAAAACAUUAUUCACAGGGUUAAAGUAAAAGCGCUUAUGGUACAAAGGUUAGACUCAUAGCUUGUACAUAUACGUCCCGAUCGUAGUUAAUCUGUCAUAGGCCUUUAUUGAGCUAUUAUUCGUCCUUUCAUGCAUGCAAUUCCGACCACUUUAGUAUUUUAUAUCUACGACUCCUGGUAUAAUCCUACUUUUGGAGUCUUUAGAAAGUCGGCUUUACCCACCAGAACCAGAAAGAAAUUUAAACAUUCUCCCAUAUUAAAAUAGUUUCCAAAUAAACACUAUCUGAUAUAUUAAUGAUAUUAUAAA